AUGCGUCUCAUCAACGUCGACACUCUGGCGCUAGAAGAAUACGUAGGCGACCAGAUCCCAGAAUAUGCGAUACUAUCGCACUGCUGGCGUGAUGAGGAGGUCUCUUACCGGGACUGGCAGGAUAGCGGACAAAGGUCUAGUAAGAAAGGCUUUCGGAAGAUCCAAACGGCCUGUGAAGUAGCUCGACGUUUUUCUUCGAAAUACCUGUGGGUGGACACGAAUUGCAUCAACAAGGAGAGCUCCGCGGAGCUGAGCGAAGCAAUCAACUCAAUGUACACAUGGUACCAGCGGUCUGCGGUCUGCAUAGCCUAUCUGGACGAUGUUGAUGGGUCCGCUGCGACUUUCAGUAGCUUCGAGGAAUCGCGUUGGUUCACGCGUGGCUGGACUCUGCAAGAGCUCUUGGCGCCAGGGGAGGUUCAUUUCUUCGAUGCAUCCUGGACUGAAUUCGGCACAAGGCAGACAUUGCUACGUAAGCUCAGUACUGUCACUUCCAUACAAUCUCAGUACCUCCGGGAGCCCGAAUCAAUACGGCUCAGCCCCUUAGCUACACGAAUGUCAUGGGCAGCGAACCGAUCAACGACCAGGGAUGAAGACAUAGCUUAUUGCCUGCUGGGUCUUUUCGAGGUCAAUAUGCCAUUACUAUACGGAGAAGGCAAGAAAGCUUUCAUCCGACUCCAGGAAGAAAUCAUACGAUAUUCUAGCGAGCAUACUAUCUUCUGUUGGUCUUGGCCACCAGCUGAAGGGUCACACGAACCCACUGACUGGCAAGGCUGCUUCGCUCCCAGCCCCUUGGCGUUUCGUGGUGCCAGAAAAUUUGUCCCGACGCCCAACAUCGGCUGUAAUAUGGAGGAUCUAGCACCGGAAUUCAGAAUGACGAACAGGGGAUUGCUCAUAUCCGCGCCAUUGAUUCACACCUUGACAACGACCGUUUUGUUUGUUUUGGAUGCAAACGUUGAUGCUCAGGACAUCGAGCUAGGUUUUACCACAUGGCGACGGCAUCCAUCUGAAAACACUCUGUUGUGCUUUCCUCUGGACCGUACAGUCUUCGCGCAGGGACUUUUGAGAAUUCCGAAGAGCUGGUCGGAACCGCGAUCCAGAUCGAUCUAUCUUACGCACGAGCGCGAUCCGAGCCGGACGCAUUCAGCCAUUCCAACGAGUGCCCGCUGGCUGGGCGGCAGCAAGUAUGCUCUCUUACCACUGUUCGUGGAUUUCGGUCACGCCAACCGAUUCGCGUAUGAUUCCACAUUCUACUUCAGUCAUCCGGUGGUCGCACUCAUGACUCGCAACGGCCAGAAUCCGUGGUCUGCUGAGAUUAGAGCGAAGCGCGGCAGGAAAGCGCUCGAGUUCACAGUAAACAUUAGCGAAGAAAUGCGUGAAACACACGGAUGGGAUGUCCAGAUACAGCUCGUCAACCACAAUGGCGACCGUUUACUGCCGGUGCAGGAGGAAACGCUACCAUUCGAAGGCGAUUUUAUAAUCGAGAGCGAUCGAGGGCCUACGCAUGUUCGUCCUAUCUGGAUUCCACAGAGGUUAGAUCCAAGAGCGAUCAGUCGGCGCGCCUGA